AUGGAGGGCCGUAACGUUUGCGAGACCGUGAUGAUCAAGAAGGAGGUUGCUGAGAGGGUCCGAGAGAGGACAGAUCCCUCUCGGAGACGGGAUCACCGAGACGAGGGUACAGCUCUUUACGGUCUUCCAUAUAUAAAUAGUGAUCCAUACCGGAAACGGGGCCUGAGGGAUCGCGGGCAACUGGGUGUCUAUAGCUGGAAGCACCUCACCAUAAGAGCUGAUGACCUG